AUGGGUGUGGGUCGCUGGGAGGAGGAGCUGGAACUACAAGCACAGGACACCGGAUACUCGGACAUGCUGGAAGUGCAGCUUGGCAAGGAACGCCGACAUUAUCAAUACCCUCAGGAUGCCAAUGGUCAAGCUGAGUGGUCAAAGGAGACAGAAGUGGCAACGCACAAGCUCCCUAGAGACGAUGUUCGAGUGUUGGCAGACCUUAUCCGUCGAGCCUGCCAAUACCAGGUCUCAGAGCGCCUUGACCUGACAGGCAUAAUGGACCACGAAUGGUUUGAUGGACGCGAAAGAUUCCCUGCCGGCAACAGUACGUUGGCAAACGAUGACGGAGGCCCCAUAGCAGAAAACGCCGGAGAUGUAGGCAAAGUCGCGCACGUCGCAGCCACGACCGCAAAGGACAGUGCACUAGGCCAGAGCCAUACGUUUGAAGGUGUUGAAGCACCACAAGUGUGA